AUGGAGGAUAGAUUAUCAUUACAGACGAGCAAUUAUGCAUACGGUGUGAAGGAGAGUGAAAAGGCAGCAAGUCAAUACGCCUUUGAUUACCAGGAGCCCCAUCGUGAUAGACGCGCAGAUCUCUACAUGCCAUCAGCCCAUCACAGCCACUACCCUUUUCCGCGCGAACAUCACUAUGUGUUGCCCGAUUCGGCCUACGACUACACUGCCUAUGGUCAACCAGUCAGAUAUACUCCUACACAUUCUGACUACGAUUACACAGCAUUCGCGCAGCCGUAUAUGCAGCCACCUUACUUCUAUCCGCCAUAA